AUGACGUCGCCCCAAGAUAUUAGGCGCAGCGACCCAGAAGCGGACAAGCUCAGCGUGCCAACCAAGGAACUGCGCAAUCUCGACGUUGAAGCACGACAUGCAAGCCUUGCCAACGUUACUGCCUUUUUGCUUGUCCCGACCAAGUGCCCCAGAUCGCUGCAGCCGGGUCCCACCACCACGAACGUUUGCCCACCAACGGCCGCGGUGGCUCCGACAUGCGUUCUGGCUGGCUUCAUGAUGUGA